AUGGUUGAAGGCGUGGAGCAUACGAAGUUGCAAGAUGUUCGGGACGAAGACGAAGAGCGUGAACGGCGUCUUCUUUGGGAUGGACUAUUGGCGUUGCUUGAUGCCCGGUGUCCUGUGUCCAUCUACAUGCAGGACAAGCAGGACAAGCUCGGUUGGCUGAACCACGUCCUCGGGCUGGCCGACACAAGCACAUUGAAGAAUCCAGAGUGA